AUGACAAAUAGGGUCAAACUUGCAUUCAUAACUGAUAAUGCUGCAAGGAAAACCACCCUCAGAAAAAGGAGAGCUGGCAUGAUCAAGAAAAUUAGCGAACUCUCCACACUAUGCGACAUCGAAGCUGGCAUCGUCAUUUACAACCCAGGGGAGGUUACACCAACGGUAUGGCCAUCAUAUGAGUACAUGAAACAAAUGUUUAAGAGGUUCUUAAGCAUGUCAAUAAUAGACAGAAGCCAAAAGAUGGUGACAUAUGAGGGCUACAUCAUACAAAUAAUCACCAAGGAGACUGAGAAUAAUAUUACAGAAAAGAAAAACAAUGAUAAAAAAGAAAUUCAAGAAAUCAUGAACCAAACAUUUGAAGGAAAUGACUUAAAUGAACUUGACAUGACGAUACUAAAUUUAUUGUCUUUGUUGGCAGAUGAUAAGCUGAAGCAACUAAAGAAGAAGCAAAAUUGGCCCCGUGGUCAACAAAUGGCUCUUCUUCCUCCUCCGCCUCUGUCACCAGUUUUAGCUCCUGAAAUCAUAGAAGUGGAAGAAGGAAUUCGAGCUCCAACUAAUGGUGAAGAUGGAGAAAGCUCGAUUAGGAUGAUAAUUCAAGAGUUGAUGAACGAUCAGUGUUUCAUGGAAACAACGGCAGAACACAUGGAGCUAUUGCUAUCAAAGGAUGUUGAGGGAACAAGUUCAAGUAAAAAUGAAGAAGACCUACCGAAGGACUUAAAUGAAGUGUUCCCUCAUAUUUACUUCCCAUGA